AUGGUGAAGGUGGUUAGGCUCAAUUGGCCCCGCCGUCGCGCUUUGAGUGGUUCGUGCGAUGGUACAUUGAAGCUCUGGGAUCUGGAUGCUGAGUCUAGCUGCAUCCGCUCUUUACACGGACACCAAGACGAGGUUUGGUCUGCCGAUGUGGAUUGGGCCCGAAGUCGGGCCUUAAGCGGCUCUGCGGACUGCACCCUGCGCUACUGGAGUUUGCAAAGUGGCGACUGCAUGGCAACAUUGCAUGGACACACCAGCGGCGUCUCCGCCGUGUCCCUCGGAAAAGGAGGCCGAGCAGCAAGCAGCUCCUGGGAUCGGACUUUGCGAUUGUGGGACCUGGAAAAGCAGGAGUGUCUCACAAUACUGAUGCAUGGCAGUUCGGUCACCACAAUGUCUGUGGACUGGGAGCAUGGCAAGGCUUUGUGCGGCUCGCCUCAGGCCAUGAAGCUUUGGGACUUCAACCGGCAGACCUGUGAACACAGUCUCGCCGGUCAUCUGUGUGACUCCAUCGAGGUGUCUGGUAGCUCGACUCCGGUAAGCGUGGGGCACAAUGAAUGCGUUACAAGCUUGGUGAUGAACUCCCCAGAUUAUUUAUACCCAGAAGCAGAUGCAUGA